AUGUGUAAAGAAUCAAUUCUUACUGAAGAAGAAAAAAGAUCAAGAUAUUUUCUAAAAUUAUUGAAAGAACAAAAGAAAUUAAAUAAUUUACCAAAUAAUCAACAAUUUCUUGUUACUCUUCCAAAAGUUCUACGAAAGAAAAAACGUUUAAUGAUAAAAUCAAGAAGUCAAGAAGUUGUUACAUAUCCAAUUUAUAAAAUUCAUUCUUUUGGUUCUAAUCAUAUUCUAUAUGAUGAUGAUCGAACACUAAUAAAUAAUAUAAAUAAUGCUUAUCAAUCAAUAGUGGAUAAAAACGAUUAUUCUUAUAUUAAUAAAUAUACAUCAACAACAACUUUUUCACAAUUUGUCAAUGAUGAAAGUGUUAUGCACGAAUCAUUAAUACACUUUUUUAAAUCUAUACCUGAAUUUAAACAAUUAGAUAUAAAUGAUCAAAUUCUGUUAAUCAAAUCUAAUUUUAUUAAUAUUAUACAUUUACAUCGUCUGGUAGUAUAUAAUUUUCAAGAGUGCCCAAACUUAAAUAAACGUGCUUCUAAAUGGAUCGGUAAAGAUUUUCAAAAUCAAAUGUUUCGAACACGUCGAUAUUCCCAGCGUUUUAUAAAUUAUCCAUUACUCUUAAAACUUACAUUAGUUGUUUUUAUCUUCAGUGUGAAUUUAUCAGCAUCGACUGAUAUUAAUCCAUUCUUCGAAUAUAAAAAUAAGAAAAUUCUGCUUGAAUUUCAAAAUUUUUAUACAAAUAUUCUUUGGCGUUAUUUAAAUUAUUUAUUUGAUGAAAAAGAAGCAAUAAAAUCAAUGGAAAUAAUAGUUAUGCAAAUUUUAGGUUUUCAAUUAUUAAUGGUUACAAUGGAGAAUUUUGUACGACAAAGUCCAGAUUGUCAUCGAUUUCAUUCAUUAAUGCAAUCUAUACUUGGACUUACUUAA